AUGGGUCGAUUUCGUUCGGGCUACCGUCAGCCCUCAUCACUUCUGUAUGUGGGAAGCACUGCUGUCGGUGCAGCCAAGCGGCAUUUGAACCGCAUGGCAGUCUACAGAAGACUUCAAAGAACCGAAUUUGUGGAUGCAGAAUUGUCCCUGAGAUAUUGGGCAUCCCAACACAACCUUUUCCAGUUUGUGCUUGUUCCGCUGGAAUUUUGUGACAGCUACCAGCGAGCUUGGACUGUUGAGCACGAACUCAUUGCUCAAUGGCAGGCACCUUUGAAUUAUCCCAGAGCAAUGUCUCUCAUUAAGAAGACCGCUCUCGGUUUCCGAAUUUCGUCCAAACGCAGAGGGUCAUUGUAUUGCACCUUUGGCCUCCGACUUUGGCGCAAACUGCGAAAGCGCAUGUUUGGUCGCAGUUCGAAAUUCUUCAUUCAUGACUCUCGGGAAUUAGCCUGGGGGCUUCUAUUUAAGCUGGCAUCGAGAACCCGAGCAUCCUUUGAAACAGCGAAGCUGCUCCGAUCCAACAAGACGGCUGACGAGGAAGUGUAUGCCCUCAUCAAACUCAGUCGCAAUAUCGAAAACCCUCAUCGCAACAGGGUGCAAGGAAUACUCAAAGGUGUAGCCAAGUUUCGCAAGAAGAUGCACUGGCCACGGACUUCCCGACCUUUGGGAGUCCUGCCAACUGCGUCUCCUUCGUUUUCCAAGGAGUGCGAGAAGUGGUUAAAAGACCUCAUCCUCCGGUAUAAGUAUCUUUUUCCAUCUUUUCAUGUUCCAAAGAACAGCCUACGUGAAGUUCCGCACCAGAGUAUCAAGAAAUUUCUCCACAACUUCCGAUCUUGGGAAGAAACGAUGUGGGAGCACGACUUUGAUUUGGAGUCGGUGCACUGUCCGUGUGAGCAGUUUGCAGGAAAACUUCCUGCUCAUUGCUUCGUGUCUGGCCACGUAGCCACAGGUUUGGAGAACCUGACCAAGCUACUACCAGGCUGUUCGAGCAUCUUAUCGGCCAGUGCCGCGAGCACCUUUUUCCCAGGCCGCAAUCACUGGAUGGCCAAGUCCAGAGCUCUGUUUGAUCAGUGGCUCAAGAGACACAAGCUACCAGCGACGUUGCAUCCAAUUUUUCAAUCCUUUUGUGACCACCAGUGGCAGCAACAUGUUGCAGCCCUGGAACAAUCAGACAGACUACACUGGGCUUUGGUACAGAAGGUGAAGUCUGCCUUGCACUCGGAUUUUGUUCUGUACAACGAAGAUCAUCAUCCGAAUCAUGUCGUGUGCUAUUGUCCUCGCUUCUUCCUUCGAGGAGUUAGCACCACAUGGAACGAUCCCUCUGUGUUUCGUACUCUUGAUGGUACCCCUGAAGAAUGGAGACAGCGCAUUUUGAAGCGCGUUCCUCGAGAUCUGUCCAGAAGAUACGCCUGGGCCUUCAAAGAAGCAGCUCCGCUGCCUCAAGGCACUGUGUUCCUGAAACGGAAGAAACAGUUUGCCAAGGGACGGACCAUCAUUUCGUAUUCCAAUUCGUUGUGCAGCAAGCUAUUGGAGCUGACCUCCAUUGCGUUAACCUUAAUGGUCAAGACGCUGUUUGCUGACAGCCCAGGCAUGCAGAGCAUGCCACAGCUCUGGAGGUCUCUUCAUGCUUAUUGGGCGAAGCCCAGCCAAGAGGAAGACGUCGAAUGGAACGACGAUCUCGUGGGAUUUUUCAAUGCAGUUCCCCGAAAAGACAUCAUGCACGCAGUGCAUUUGAUUGUCCAAGAAUACUGCCAAACUUCUGGCUGUUCGAUCCUCUCGAUCGAUAUGUUGUCAAAAACGGGACACCCGGGCAAACCUCGGGGGAGAACGAAAUCAAACUUAAAGAGGUGUUGGGUUUCUGAUGUUCCGCUGAUUGUGGAUCUAUCCUUCGCCACGGGAGUUUUUACAGCUGCUGGAAAGUGCAGGCAGCAAGUGGAGGGGACGUGUAUAGGCAAUCAAAUAUCGCCGAUCCUCUCCGGACUUCCUGUACUCCUGGCCGAGCGGCAGUUUUUGCAAUCUUUGCCGACGGCCAUCCAAUCGUCUUUCUUGUUUCUCCGUUACGUCGAUAACAGACUGAUUCUGGGACCUCAGAAAAUUCUACUGUCGUCCCAACUCCGGAGAUUCUGCGAUCCCAACUUUUAUGAUGGGAUUCAGUUGGAAACUGUGUCAGACCAUCAAUGGUUGGGUUUUACCAUUUGUGCCAAGACUCGCUCAGCAACUUUUAAUCUCCCGGAGCAACCGUGGCAGAUCCGCUCGCCCAACAGCGCUGGAUCGUGGCAGCUGGCAGCCUCGGGAUACUUUUCUCGAUUACUGAUUCAGUACCAUAGCUACAUUGGUUUUCAGCUGGGUAUCGGCCUGUUGAAGGAAUAUUUCAACCCCGAGCCAUGGCCCAGCAAUACCAUUUUCACUUCUACGGAGGACCCCCUGGAGUCCAGACUUCAAGCGGACCACAACCUCCGGUUACAAUUCUUUCGACUCCUCAGGAAGCUAGCAGAGCUCGGUCGGUUUCGGUACACCCACCACCUCGAGCUCCGCUUCCAAUUCAACUCACACCGGGUGAGCCGGCCAGGUCUACUCACCCCAGCCGUGAGCGUCAUGAUCGCAGUCGCUCGAGACGACGACGGCGUCGACACCAUCGGCAUGAACGUCAACCUGAGGGACCUCCCGCGGCCCCAGUUCGACCAGUUCUGCCUCCCCCGCAGCCUCCCACUCGACCACCAACAAGGCCCGAUUUUGAAUAACAAGGAGCCUGUUGCAGCAGCUCCCUCACCGGAGUUUCACAAGAACACGGCGCCCAAGACACCUCCCAAGAACUCGGCUCCAAAGAGCCCAGUUCCUCCUGCGCAAUCUGGUUUGAUUUCUGUUGAUGAGGAACAGCUAUUUCAUGCUGCUCAUCGCAGCAGUUAUGAACAACUGCGAGAGCAAAUCACAGCUCGAGCCAAAGGCCGCAAUGCUGUCGAUUUCUAUGAGGAGGGAAUGAGUUCUCUCUUGGCGUAUAUGUUCUUUGUUUUGCAUUAUCAUGAGAACUUUCUCACAACAGAAGGCUUGCAUACGUGGCCUAUUAUCCCACAUUCUCAUAUGCGACGAUUCACUGAUCGCAUCACCUUUACUCGGCAACGUUCAUUGCCAGUCUCAAAAAUCCUCAAAGAGGAUGUUGAGGAGGUGCUGAAAUUUUUGUUGACCCGAUUUGGCCAGGCAGACCGACCUUUUCUGCCUGUGAUUCCUAUUGGCCAACGGGAGGUUGUCACUCUUGCCCGGUCCAUUUUGGCCAGCAAGAUACCAUAUAAGACAAUUUUUCAGCAUGAUGCCAAGGCGUAUGCCAUGCCCCAAGAAGCAUUGCAUGUUUGGGAGUUUCCAGUGGCACAUAUGCCAGGACCUGAAGAGCAGACCAACUGCUAUUAUCUUUGGGGACACGGGACCACGGCCGAAGGCCUGGUCGGCAUCCUCACGUUGGGCAGAGUCAUUCGCUCUAGCGCCGAAGCUGUACAUGUGGCGCCGCACGAUCAUGUGUGCUCCUUUUAUGGCAAAGCCACACAACACGUGCACUAUGAAGAGAGCAAGUUAGACUUCGUGUCAAAACUACACCACUCCACGAAGAAUUCCGCAGGAGUGGUCGUGGGAGGAUAUCUUGGAUCUGCGCAUCACAAAUCCAAGUCCUCCAGCACUGUACAUGAAGGACAUUUGUGCAAGUUCCACCCGCUUGUACACUCCCCUUCAGGAGAUAAGCGCUGGGCGGUGCGUGAAGCCGCAGGACGCAUUGACAAAAUUUGGAUUUUGUCAAGCACCCAUUCCGUUACGUUGCCGAUGUCCACCCCCAACAAUCCCCGGCCGAUUACUUUUGAAACGGGGGACGGCCAGGAUUGGGGAGUCAGCUGGCCUGGCUUGGAGUACUCUGUACGAAGCACCGAAGCUUUACCGGUCUCCGAUGUACAGAGAGAGGCUUAA